GCAACUUGCACGCUGCAUUGUGGGACACAUCUAACAUGGCGGCGUGUAUCUUCAAUUUUGUGAAUUUCUGAAGAAUCGGUACUAAAACAUCUCAUUUCUAAGAACUGACUGAAAUUAGAAGAAUUUAUUCACAAUGGCCGCGGACAGUCGUCUAUCCAUUGCCUCUCAAUUCUUUCUGGAGGACGAAGCAGGUCCUGCUGAGGCUGUAUCGACCUCAGACAAGGUGGUUGACCUGCUGAACCAGGCCUCCCUCAUGCCCAAGGAUGUGCAGAAGAUCAACACCCUGAAGCAGGUGCAGGAGCUCAUCGUGCAGAAGGACCCUGCACUGCUGGAUAACUUCCUAGAUGAAAUGCUGGCUUUUCAGCAGGACAAGUCAGCUGAUGUCCGCAAGUUUGUCGUAGGGUUCAUAGAGGAAGCCUGCAAACAGGACCCAGAACUGCUGACCAAAGUGGUGGCCAAUCUGAACAUGCUGCUGGAAGACGAGAACGUCAAUGUUGUGAAGAAGGUCAUCCUGUCCACAACUCAGAUAUACAGAGUUGGGCUUUCAUGGCUGAGUAAAGUAAGAACCAUCUCCGAGGAGAUGGAGUCCACCUGGGACAUGAUCGUCACCAUGAAGAACCGUAUCCUGGUCAUGUUGGACUCGGAGAAUGACGGUGUCCGUACCCACGUUGUGAAGUUUCUAGAGAUGAUGAUUGUUGUCCUGAGUGCCAGAACACCUGACUCUGACAUUCCCAAGAAGACAGAAAAUGACAUCUCACUUGACCAGGUUCCCAAGGGCCAUCCAGUCAUCAGGUACAACGAGCUGCGAGACGAGGGUACAAAGAUCCUGGACAUGAUGCUGGGCUUCACUGCCUCUGCUCACAUCUCCAGUAUGAACUUGAUGGCCAGCAUGGGGUCCCUGACUGCCAUUGCAAAGCAGCGCCCCCUGUACAUGGCCAGAGUAGUGCAGGCUUUCGAGUCCCUCCAUGUGAACCUGCCUCCAACCCUUGCCAAAUCUCAAGUCAGCAGCGUCAGGAAAAAUCUAAAGCUGCAACUGUCGACCCUCCUGAAGCACCCAUCGUCUGCAGAGUUCCACUCCCAGAUCACCACCCUACUGCUGGACCUGGGGGCCACACAGCAGGAGCUCCAGAAAAUCAUCCCCAAGCCUUCCAGAGCUGAAAAAAGAGAACGGUCUGAGGGUGGAGAAACUUCACAGCCAUCUAAAAAGCCCAAAGUUCAGGAUGACAAGGAUGAGGAAGAAGAUAAAGUAGAAGAGAAGCCACCUCCUAAGCUGGCUCCUGUCACCACACAAACAGCCAAUGAUAUCACUGCCAAGUACCUCAUCCCUCUACUGGGAAACGACAAUGUUGCUAACAUAGUGCUGCUGUCUAUGGUGACUCUGCCGGACACCAUGCCGGCUGGGUUCCAGUCCACCUACACACCCAUCCAGUCUGCAGGUACCGAGGAGCAGGUGGGCCACCUGGCCAGACUUAUGGCUGCUCAGAUGACAGCUGCAGGGAUUGGGCCUGGUGUGGAGGAGAUGCAGAAACAGGCGGCUGCUAGCGACAAGGCAAAGAAAGAAGAUGAAGAGGAGGGUCAAGAACAUCGAGGGAAGCAGAGCAUCCAGACUGUUGUGGGAGGGACCACUGCUCUGGAGAAGAAGAAGCCUGCCCCGCUGCAACCUCAACUACAGCAACAAAAGAGCCGCCGCAUCAAGGGUUUCCGGUUAGCCGACACCCUGAAGCCAUUGGACGAUGAUGAAAACCAGGCCAUGGUGAAAGCUGCACUGAAGCGCAUAUUGGAUGCAGAGCGCACAGCUAUCGCAGGUGGAGUCUCCCAGGAGAGAAUGAAGAUUCUGUCCUCACUGGUGGUGAACUUUGGGGACAACCUUAUGGACAUUGUCCAAGACUUCAUCCUGGAGGAUGUUCGUGGGCGAGUGGAGCUGGGUUUCUCCUGCCUGUACAAGAUGCAUGCGGAGACGGUCGGUAAGGCGAAGGACCCGGCCUCCCUGCAGCGCUACGAGCUGUGCCUGGUCAGGAUGCUGUCUGGGAUCUGCAACCGGCCAGAUCAGAGGGAUGGGUUAUUUCACCAGGUAGUGGCAGGUGCACCCUACAUCACUGAUGGAGCUGUAGAUAUCAUCCGGAACUUCUGCCUGGAUGAGAACCAUGUGUACAUCGGCAUGUCCACCCUGCGUGACCUCAUCAUCAGCCGGCCCUCCCAGCAGCUGCUGUUCCUGCAGGUCCUGCUCGACCUCACACAGAGUGAGAAACUAGAGGUCCGCUCCAACAGUAUUCGCUUUGUGAAGCUGCUUCAUCCAAAGCCAAAGCUACAAGAGACUAUUGAGUCUUUUGCCCUGACCUGUCUGAAGUGUCUGGUGAACAAGGCCCCGCCCCCACGACUGGUGAUUGGCAAGCCAGCUGCAGAGGCUGAGUGGACGGAGGACCUGAUCAAACUGUGUCUCCAUCUGUACCUGGCUCUGCUGCCUCUCAACCAUAAACUCAUCCAUGAACUGGCUUCUGUGUAUGUAGCAGCCUCGGCCAACAUCAAACGGGUUGUGUUGAGAGUUUUGGAAAGCCCGGUGAAAGGCAUGGGUAUGUCAUCUCCAGAGCUGCUGCUGUUGGUGGAGAACUGUCCUCGUGGAGCAGAGACUCUGGUCACCAGGAUGUUACAUGUGCUCACUGAUAAGGCUCCCCCCUCUCCUGAGUUGGUGAGAAGGGUGCGUGACCUGUACCAUAAGAGAGUCCCUGAUGUCCGUUUCCUCAUUCCUGUACUCAACGGACUGGAAAAGAAAGAGGUUGUGGCUGCCCUACCCAAGCUGAUCAAGCUGAAUCCCAUUGUGGUGAAAGAAGUCUUUAACAGGCUGCUGGGAACACAACAUGCCGGAGACGGUAAUGCUGGCCAGAGUCCCCUGACCCCAGGGGAGUUACUGGUGGCACUGCACAACAUCGACACAGCCAAAUGUGACAUGAAAUCUAUCAUCAAGGCGACUGGGCUGUGUUUUGCUGAGAAGCAGGUGUACACGUCGGAGGUCCUGGCGGUUGUGAUGCAGCAGCUGAUGGAACAGAACCCGCUGCCCACCCUGCUGAUGAGGACAGUCAUCCAGUCCCUCAGCAUGUACCCCCGGCUGCUGGGCUUCGUCAUGAACAUUCUGCAGAGGCUCAUCAUCAAGCAGGUGUGGAAGCAGCCCAAGGUUUGGGAAGGUUUCAUCAAGUGCUGCCAGCGCACGAAGCCCCAGUCCUUCCAGGUGCUACUACAGCUGCCCCCUCCGCAGCUGAAGAACGUGUUCGAGAAGUGUCCCGACAUGCGGGCUCCGCUCCUGGAGCAGAUCAACAACUUCACGCCCCACCAGCGGGCGCACAUCCCCCGCGCCAUCAUGAUGGUGGUGGAGGCCGAGCCGUCCGCGGAGGAGGUGAAGGUGGCCCAGGCUAAAGCACAGGCUCAGGCUGACAAGGCUGCGCAGGAGAAGGUCAACCAGGAGAAGGCAGCUGCAGAACAGAAACAGAAGGAAGCAGCCCAGAAAGCUGCAGCAGAAAAGCAGGCUGCCCAGAAACCCCAGGAGAUCCCCAAGCCACCACCGAAGCCAGCCGCGACACCGGCGGCGGUUCAAAAGCCACCGGAGGUCAAGUCCACCCCUCCUCCUGCAGCAAAGUCCACCCCGCCGGCCUUCCAGGGCAUGGCUAUCUCUACAGUCAUUGGGGGAGUACGGACGCCCCCGACCAGUAUGUCUGGCAGACCUGGAACCCCCUCAGGUACCCCCGUCAGGACGGGAACCCCCACAGGGACCCCCGUCAGACCGCCUGCAUCCACACCUUCCUCAGCUCCCAGGCAAUCUGGCAUGAGCAGACCAGCAGCGGCAGGCGGGAGGUCCCAGGCCGUGUCCAAGCCUCCCGGCGCCCCGCUGGUCAAACCGGCAGCAGCAGCAGCUCCUCAGCAGAAACCCAAACCCGCAGCACCUGCAGCACCUGCAGCGCAGCAAAAACCUGCAGGUGUUGCAAAGCCAGUCUCUUCACCUGCCACAGCUGCAGCAAAGCCAGCUGUGCAGCCAGCUGCUAAACCUGCCACAAUGGCUUCCACAGCUGAUGCAGCAAAGCCUGAAGUCAAACAGCCUGUCCAGGUGAAACAGGAACCAGCUCAGGUCAAGCAGGAGCCUGUUCAAACUCCAGCUUCUCCCAAGCCCACUGAUGCAGAGCAGAUGGAGGUAGACCAGCCAGUGAAGGAGGAGAAGAUGGAGACUGAUCAGGAUGAACAGAAAGCAGAGGAAGCCUCAGGAUCAAGGAGGAGAAGUGCCAGAAUUAAGGCACAGCAUUGAUAAGAAUCCCAAGAUAUUCCUAUUACUGCACAAUGUUUGGCAGAAUUCCAAGCCAGGCACUGCACAGAAAUAUAUAGACAAUAUGUAAAAUAGGUCAGUUAACAUAAUUUUACGCUGAAACUUAAAAUCAGACUGAGAUUUUUUUGUCAGAACUCUACUUGUUCUUUGGAGCACUAUGCCAUUUGUCUAGCAUUUAAGUAUAUACAAAAAUGGCUUUAAGUAUAUACAAAAAUUGUCCUAACGUUUGUCAUUUUAAGUGGUUAUAUGACAUGUAUAUCAUUAAAAUGUAACUGAGCAUUGACGUGUGAAAGCUUUUUUCCUUUGGUUAUGGGCAAGUCUUUAUGUCUGAUCCCACCAUCCUACUGCAGUAUAGAACGUGUAGCAGUAGUAUGUAUAAAUCAUAGGUAUGACAAAAACUGAUGGAAACCCAGGAGCCCCAUUUGUGCUAUGACAUUACUGUGUAAAAAAGCAGACCCUGUCUGACCAGAAAACAUAUCUUGAGACAAGUUCAACACAAAACACUACAUGUUAAAAGAAGAAGAAAACCUAUAUUGUGGGUUGUGCAAGAGUAAGUGAAUGUACUUUAAAAAGGCAUGUUGUGACUCUGGAAUUCUCUUGGGCAGCAAAACUUUUCAAACUACUGGUAAGGAUGAAUGGUGCAGCAUGUAUGUACUCCAAAACAGAAAGGGCACAUUAUAUAUGCUGCAAAAACCUUUAUCUUGUUAUGUCAAUAAAGGUUAGACAUCCAGGUAAUAAGAUAUGCCAAACAGCAGUUGCUCAAGCAACUUGAUAUGAUUUUGGAAACUUUAUCUUGUUAAAUGCCUGAUAAUGUCCUCACUGAACAGAUCUUAUUGAUGAAGUCAGGCAGUCAAAUUUCUGAUUUAUGCUUUGACAUUGCAAUCUAUAACUUGAUAUUGAAGACAUUGACAAGAAGCAUCCAUAUGGAAGCCUGUGUUUUUUUAAUUAUUUUGAACCAAAUGUUUCUACAACAUUAAACAUAAAAAUAUGAUUCACACUGGCAAGAUAUUUCAGGUGGACAUUGAAUGGUUUGUGCUGCAAAAAUUGAUACUAUCUGUAAGACUAUUUUUGACAGAAUGACCCUAUGAAAGAACAUGACAUUCUACCAGUUUAGUUUUUGCAUACCUUUACUUGGCAGUGGUAACAAAGUACGAGUAAUAUUACAUCAAAAAUGACAACUUCAACAAAGACCAUCAACCGACAAAUGAACAAAUAGUGAAUGAAAGGAUUCAGUAAGUAUGGAGCACAUGCACUCUCAACAAAAAUACCAAAAGGUAACAAAGUCAAAGUGUAUAUUUAUGUGUUUUCUGUCAACACUCUCUUUUCCAACCUAAACGGAAGCUUUAGAGAUAAGUGUACAUGUGUAUCUAUUUUCAGUAAAAGUUGUUUCAGAAUAAUGUAGCAAAUGGUAUUGUACUAUGAAACAUGACCAGACCCAGUAUAUUCCAAAUGCAGAAAUGACACAAGUUAGAGUACUUCAUACUAGUAUAAUGGUAUCCUUACUAUUAAGUUACUAAACGUUUCAGGUCUUGAACAUCCUGUCAUCUCGUGACAGCACAUGAAGUUUGGGGCAAGAAACCAGUACCAAAUUGAAGCAGAAUAACAAAGAUCUUUGCAAUGUUGGGGAC